AUGUCCAUUCCUUCAACUUCUGUUUCCUCUACUACUCCCAUGUCCAUUCGUCUAUCAACUUCUGUUCCCACUACUACCAUCACAUCUAUUCCGACUACUAUAAGCACAUCCAUUCCCACAACUUUCGUUCUGAAUACUGCCACCACAUCCAUUCCUACAACAACUUCUGUCCCCACUUCUACCAUCACAUCCAUUCCCACUACUACAAGCACAUCCAUCUCUACAAGAACUUCUGUUCCAACUACUACCACCAUAUCCAUUCCUACAACAACUUCUGUUCCAAUUCCUACCACCACAUCCAUUCCUACAACUCCUAUUCCAACUACUGUCACCCCUACAAUACCUGUAUCAAUAUCUACUGCACCAACUCCUUGUAUAACCCAUUCAUCUAUGAAAUUGUCAACUCACAUCAGUUCUGCUGUAAGUGCCUUUAUGUCUACACCUGUUGCUUCUUUGACAGUGACAGAAAUUCCUUACCGAACCCCACAUCCCACUUCAACAUUUCUGAAACCUAAUUAUGCUUCAACCUCCAAAUCCACAACUGAAAUUACUUCAACUUUAUCUGCGACCACAUCUGUAUCUGCUUCCUCUAAGCUUCCAACUUUAACAUCUUUAACAUCACGUUUAAUUCCAACUUCAGUUGCUGUAUCCUCCUCAGGUAUUUUCUCUGCUUUCUCUUUAAAAUCAUAA